AAACAUUUGUUUGGCGGGAAAAGUACGAAGAAGGAAGUUUUCGACAAGAUAGCGGAGCAAUUCACCGCCACUUCUGGACAACUGGUUACUGGGGAACAGUGUAUAACGAAGUGGUCUAAACUAUUAACAAAGCAAAAAGAAGUUGAGGACCACAACAAUAAAAGUGGAAAGGAUAGGAAAAGUUGGAAAUUUUACAAUGAGCUUUCUCAAUGUCUUGCCAAAGACGUUUAACCUAUGUACACGGUGGAAAGCUCGUCAAAUCCAUUAGACUGUGACGGUCAGAAACCAUCAGACAACGAUGAAUCUUCCUCAGAGUCUGUAGUUGAAGGUCCGCAAUCCAGUGAUUCUGCCGGAAAAAGAACGGCAAGUGCUAAGAAAAGAUGCCAAAAGAAGCCAAGGAGCCGAUCCUCGGCGGCGGAAAUGCUAGAAUUUCUAAAGACUUACAGUGAGAAGAGAGAGAAGGCAGAGGAAGAAAAGCUGAGGAGUUUAAAAGAAAUGAAUGACCAAAAAACAGCUUUUUUUGACCGCUUUUUUCAAUUUAUGGAAAAAAGUAAAAAUAACUAG